AUGGCCUCCCCUUGCAUCUCGCGCGCCGCACGAUGUCUGGGCUCGACCGCCCGCGGCCCAAUCGCCCGCCAGACAGCGCCAGCCUCGUCCCUCUGCCAGCGGCACUACCACUCGUACGACCAUCCAUCAACGCCGCCAUUUGGCACCGUCGACAGGUCUAUCCUGGCCGCCGCCUACAAGCACGUCCCUGAGCAUGGAUUCUCUCUCCGCGCCAUUGGCCUUGGCGCCCGCGAUGCCGGCUACCCUGAUAUCAGCUCCAGCAUCCUGCCCGACGGCCAGUUCAGCCUGAUACGCUACCACCUGGUUGCGCAGCGCGAGAGACUGGCUGACAAGAGCCGCGAGCUGCUCAAGGAUGAUUCGCUCGCCACCGUCAAUGACAAGGUGGCUGCCUUGACAUGGGAGCGACUGGUGGGCAACAAGGACAUCAUACACAGGUGGCAGGAGGCCCUGGCCAUCAUGGCGCAGCCCAGCCAUCUGCCCAAGUCGCUGGCUGAGCUGGCUGCCCUGUCCGACGACAUCUGGUUCCUGGCGGGCGACAAGGCCGUCGACCCGUCGUGGUACACCAAGCGGGCGGCUCUCUCCAUGGUCUACAGCUCCAGUGAGCUCUUCAUGACCAACGACAGAUCGCCGUCCUUUUUCGAGACAAGACAGUUCUUGCAUCGAAGGCUGGGAGAGGUCCAAUCUGUGGGGGGCACCGUAGGAGCCGUAGGCCAAUGGGUUGGCUUUACGCUUAAUGCAGGCGUUAAUGUCUUGAGAAGCAAGGGCGUCCCUAUCUGACGUUCUAGACACAAAAUCCGCCCCCAAGCCACAUCCUCAUCCCUGUCUAAUUAAAUCAUAAGAGUCAUGUACAAUAGUAUCAGCAUCUCAAGGCUCCCAACUCCCAACGAGUUUGCUCGCCACCAUUUUAUGUAUAUACACCAUCGCCUAUUGUUUUUUACCGCCCACGAAUGAAUGGCGUCCCAGCAUUAUUGCGCAAACUAUUCAUUACACCUUGCCCACAAAGUAUGUUCACAGGCCGGCCAUGAGUGGCAGGCGCUGGCUCUAGAUGAGGGUUCGUUGGCGGGGAUCGGUCAAGCUGUAAGAUAGAGAUUUGAGAGUUAGCCAUGAAAAUCGCAAAUCACUAGAAAGAGUAAAAUGUC